UCAGAAAUUAGAUAUUCACUGUUACUGCAAUGAUUUACAGAUACCUUUAGUUAGAAUAAAAUAUUAGAUGCUUACAAAAGAAAUGGCAUGUGCAUCCCUUGGAAAUGAUGAAGACCCCAAUGGUCUUCAAGCAGACUUUGAUUCAUCAAUUCAAAUGUCGGAUGAGGUAAAGGAAAUGUUCUGUGAGGAUUGUGAAAAAGAAUUAGGAACUUUUGUUAAAGCUGAUGGCUUUUGUGUAAACUGUGUGGAGUACUUGUGUGCAACAUGUAUCAGAUAUCACAAGAAACAUCUUUCACAACACACCCUGCUGGACAGUUCUAAUAUGCCACAAGAUUUCUGUUUCGACAAGUGCCAAAAACAUCCAAAAGAGAUAAUAAAGUUUUAUUGUGAAUCAUGUAAGACAACGGCUUGUCCUAAAUGUAAAACUGAAAAUCAUAACAAUUGUUCUGAAGUUUGUCAUAUUCCUUCAAUUGUCAAAUCUGACAAAAUGACUGAUGAAAUAAGACAAUUAUCUCUCUCAAUUGAUGAAACUCUAGAAGAACUUGGUGCAAAAAGAGAUAGGGUAGAAUCAAAUCUGACAAAAGUUAACACAAACAAAAAAGAUACUAGCACUUCAAUCCAGAAGCACAAAGCCACACUGAAAAGACAAGUUCAAGACCAACAUAAACAUAUUCUAGAUGAUCUGAGCGUAAGACAAACAAAUGAAACUAAAGCGUAUGAACAAAAAAGAGCUGAAGUCAUUGCAAGCUUAGAUAAAGAAAAGGCUGAUCUACUAGAAAGACUUAAUAAUGAAGAGAGACAAAUGAGAAAACAGCUUCAAACCAACCAGGAUGAUGUAUUUAAAAAAAUAAAUAAAAGUGAGGAAGAUCUAGAAAAACAAUCAGAACACAUGAACCAAACAGAUACUCACAAACUUCAACGUAUACUGCACAGAACUGAUAAAGCUGAAACAGAAGUGAAGAAAAUGAAAACAUCCAUAGACAGAAAAAAGAAGGCAGGAGAAAAAUGUGAACUAUUUGUUGCUAUGAAAAACAUGAAGUCUGACUUAGAAAAAGUUAAGUCAGAUAUGCAGGCCACCAAAAACGACACAGAAAUACAGAACUAUGAGUUUCUGACAGAAAAAGACGAAAUCUAUUUCAUGUCCACUGAAUGUGAAAUUAGGUUUGGCCGACUUCUAGACAAAUCAGAAUUAAAGAGAAAAUUAAUGUAUGAAAGCAUUAUCAAAUCAAAUGCUUGCAAAAAUGAAGAGAACAGAAGUAUAACUGGAUUGUGUAAAGUAUCGGAUCAGCUUGUAGUUGCUGAUGAUAAAAAUGCAUCAAUAAAACUUAUCAAUUUAAAGCAGGACAUUCUAACAUCCUCAAUACAACUGGAAAGCAAACCAUUUGAUGUGACCUGUGUGGAUAUAGAAAAAGUGGCUACUACACUGCCGGGAGCUAGAAAGAUUCAGUUUCUGUGCUUUACACAGACUGGCAAGCUUUCAUUGGCCAAUGAGAUUGAUAUGGGGAAAAAAUGUUAUGGCUUAGAGUACUUUAAACCAAAUCUAGUAGUAGCCUGUCAAGAUCCUGGUUGUGUACAAAUUGUGAGCACUAGAGGAGAUCCAAUAAAAACAUUAACAGGAUUUCAUGAGCCUAGAUAUAUAAAAGUUAACCAGAGCAGUGAAAUCUUUUAUGUAGAAGACAUAGUAACUGAUACAAACAGUGGGACUAGGAAACUGACAGUUAAGAAAACAAGCAGCAAAGGAAAGAUAAUCACAGUCAGUGAAAGCUUUGCUAACAGAGGAAGUGGUUUAGCUGUUGACCAUUUUGGGUCUGUUUAUAUAGCAGGUAAAUUGCAUGCAUUUUUGUUUAUGCUCCCUUAUUUUUCAUCAGCCAGGAAAUAUCCAUUAAUUCAGUUUUCAGCAAAUCUCAAGACUAUAGAAAAAUUAGACACAGAAGAAACACAUGUAUAUUCUGGUAGAAUAUCAUGUCUUUUUUACUGCAAUAAGGAAAACAAGCUCUAUGCUGGAACUACAAAGGGUGAAAUAUUAGUAUACCAAGUAGCAUAGAUACAAGUAACAGAAAUACCUGAAGCACUCAAUCAUAAACAUUAACAAUGCUUCCACUAAUUUACUGUAUUAAUAUUUAAACAAAAUAAAAGACUGUUCAAUAUGUUCACUAUGUACCAGCAUUAAUUUUAUAGUUUAACAUACAUGUAUGAUAGAUAACUAUGGUUGUGAAAUUCGACUUGUUUUACUAUAACUGGUCAAUGGUAUAUAUUCAACUAAGAACAGUCAUGCAGUUAUGCAGCAAUGUUAAAAACCCCACACCCAUUUGUCACAAACAGCAAGGAGAAGCAUUAACUUCACACAACCAACAAGAACAAAAACAGAUUGAGUGUAUAAUAUGAAGCAUCCCAAAAUUAGCAACUGAUAAACCUGACAUGUUUGCCCUUGGGUUUAUAGCGUAUUUCUUUACUGUGAAAUUUACAUUCCAUGCAUUUUGUCUGAAGAAAAAAAAU